AGGGGGUUUUGGGGUCUCAGCCAGGGAGAUUUUGGGGUCCGGGUGUCCCGGCUUUUCCCUCUGUCGGGGCAGGAAGGGGCGGUGGCCAUGGCGGCACGGAAAGCGUUUUACUUUCACUUCCACCGGCGCUCGGGAACCCGAGAUUCCGGGAAGAUCGAGAGCUCGGGAGGGUGGCGAGGGAGCGAGGGGCGGGACAGCAGAGCCCCGAGCGGGAUCUGUAGCUCCGACCCCCGACCUGCUCCAUCCCGGGGGCGCAUCCCCGCAGAUGGAGACGGAACCGGAGGCACAAGCGGCACCGGAGCAGCAGCCGGAGCCGUGCCCGGCCUCGAGCACCCCGGCACCGGCCUCCCCUCCCCAUCACCCCGCCGAGGGCGAGGAUGAGGAGGAAGAAGAUGACGAUUUCCAAUUCCUGCGCUGCGACGGCUGCGGGCAGGAGUCGCCUCAGCCGCGGCUGCUGCGCUGCCUGCACACGCUGUGCCCGGCGUGCCUGAGCGACACCAAGCAGUGCCCGCGCUGCCGGGCGGCCGCGGCCGUGCCCGCCGUGGACAACCUGCUCUUCUGCAACCUGCGGAGCCGCCUGCAGCUCUGGCGGCAGAUCCGCAGCGCCGGCGGGCCGGGCUGCGGCCACUGCCGCGCCGAGGCGGCGCUGGUUUGGUGCCAGGAGUGCGAGGAGUUCCUGUGCGGGCGCUGCCUGGAGGAGCACCAGUGGUGGCACAAGAAGAAGGCGCACAGGGUGCGCAGGGUGGAGGAGCUGCGGGCGGGCUCGGCGCGGCAGUUCCUGGAGGACACGCGCGGCUCCUGCAGCCUCUUCUGCUCCAGCGACAGCCACCCCGAGGAGAGCCGCGUCUGCAGGUGGGAGCGCCUCGGCACCGCUGCGGGCGACACCGCGAAUCUCCUCCUGGCCCCAGAUCUUGUCCUGGCCUCAAAGCUUGUCCUGGUACCAAAGCUUGUCCUGGUACCAAAGCUUGUCCCAUCCCAAAACCUCAUCCUGGCCCCAGAUCUUGUCCUGGUACCAAAGCUUGUCCUAGCUCCAAAGCUUGUCCCAUCCCGAAACCUCGUCCUGGCUCCAGAUCUUGUCCUAGCCCCAGAUCUUGUCCUGGUACCAAAUCUUGUCCCAUCCCAAAACCUCGUCCUGGCCCCAGAUCUUGUCCUGGCUCCAAAGCUUGUCCCAUCCCAAAACCUCGUCCUGGCUCCAGAUCUUGUCCUGGCUCCAGAUCUUGUCCUGGUACCAAAACUUCUCCUGGCCCCAAAGCUUGUCCCAUCCUGAAACCUCGUCCUGGUACCAAAGCUUGUCCUGGCCCCAAAUC